GCCAGGGAGGGGGACGUGAGGGGGGCGGGGGCGGACCCUGCGCGUUACCUGGAAGGCCGCCGCUCGUGCCGCGCUCAGGGCUAAAAUAUUAGUUUGGACCGGAAGCACCAGGCUGAAAAUAGAAGUAUCUGGACACCUUUAAACUGGAGGAGAGGGGGUGACUUGUCCAACUCUGAAGCAUGCACCCCUCCAACAGAACUGGGCUGGGGAAACAUGCCACAGAUUUCCUAGCUUAACCAGUGAAGAAAUGCUUCGGGGCAGGCUCCUGUAGAAGCUGUCCAGUGUGCUUGGAUUUCUUAGUGGAAGCUUUGUUUUUUUGAACAUCUCUUCUCUGUGAUAAGGAAAUUUGAAGCUAUACCUCCUCUGCUUCAGACGUUCAAGAGACCCCUAGGCCUGUGAAGAAGAAAGGAUUCAGCACCUUCGCUUAAACUCAGCGAGUACCCAUUGUAGACACUUAAAAUAAAGGCGGCUUCCCAUUGGAUUGGUGAAAUCAAGGGUGGGAGAAUCUGCCAUUGCUCCUGGAAAGAGAGAUGGCUGAACAGUUUUUAGUGGAGGAGAAUACUCACGUGAGGAGCAUGAGGCAGAUUUAAGCCAAACCGAAGUAAAUGGCCACCUCUGUCUUAGAAGGAGCCAAGGCAGUCUCUUGGUGGAAUUAUUUUUUUCUUUAUGAUGGCUCAAAGGUAAAGGAAGAAGGGGACCCAACCAGAGCAGGCAUUUGCUAUUUCUAUCCUUCUCAGACCGUGCUUGACCAGCAGGAGUUCCUCUGUGGGCAUAUUGCUGGAGUUGUCCGCUGCAUUUUUGAAAUUUCUGGGUCUCCUCCCAGUCUUGUUCGUCUGAGGAAAUUGAAAUUUGCCAUAAAGGUUGAUGGGGAUUACCUUUGGGUGCUGGGCUGCACAGUAGAGCUCCCCGAUGUCAGAUGCAAGGAAUUCCUGGAUCAGCUGAUUGGAUUCUUUCGGUUUUAUAAUGGACCCGUAUCUCUGGCUUACCAGAAUGGGCCUCAGGAAGAGCUGAGCAGAGAAUGGGACAGUUUCAUCGACUAUAUUCUGAAGAACACCAGUGAGCUGCACAAAAUAUUCAAUUCCCUUUGGAAUUUGGACAAAACAAAGGUGGAACCCCUCCUGUUAUUAAAAGCCGCUCUCAUUCUGCAAACCUGCCAGCGAUAUCCUCACAUUCUGGCCGGCUGCAUCCUCUAUCAGGGACUGAUCGUUAGUACCCAGCUGCCACCAUCCCUCACUGCCAAAGUCCUUCUCCAUGGAGCAUCAUCUCCUAACAAGAGUCUACCUGCAGGAGGGAUCGCCCUUCAGGAACACGGAUGUGCACUGCCGGCAAAUGUCCAGAUCACCCCAGUUUACCUAACGGAAGAUGAAGCUGUUAGCCUUCGCGAUUUCCCGGUAGAAUGGAUGACCAGGUCUCCCACAUCGUUGGCCAAAGGCAAAAAGAAGUUGCAGCCACCCGCUCCACAGUGCUGGAGCUCCUCGGGAUCUGAAGACAUCUGCUAUGAGGAUUCUCUGGCCUGGAAACUGGCAGCAGCCCUGGGGAGUGACUCAGUUUGUCCAAAUGGCCCCGGAGAAGCACGUGAGGAGUCAGGAUGUUUGCUCGGCCACAACUCGGGGAGUGUCAGACCACCAGGAUUACAAAACCCUGUUAGAAGCCCAGGGUCAGGACUCGGCACUAGCCCAGGCGGGGAGCCCACUCUGCAUUCCUCCUUUGCGCUCCCCAUUCCGGGAGGGACAGAAAUGGAGAAAUCCUCAGUGCAUUUCGACUUCCCAAGUGUGUGUGCCUCUGAUGGUGGGAGUCCAUCCCAGAAGAAUGCUGGUAGUCUGGACCUGGCGCUGGCAGAAUGCCGCUCCCUAGCUGGAUCCCCUGGCGGCCUCACGGGCUGCCCUCCUGAGGGGCCCACACAGACCCCUGUGGAAGGACUCGGUGAGGACGGUUCAGGGAGUCGCAGCCAGGUCUGUGUUCAUGGAGGAGGCCAUCUCCCUGACGGGCCAAGCAGCCCAUUGUCAUCGCCUCAGUCGGGCUCUGAGCACGUAAGACAGACGCCCUCAGCUGAAGCACAGGAUUCUGGCCCGUCUGCGGUACGGGACGGCCCACAGAAGUCAGCCCAUGUUCUGGAAGGCCGUUCUGGCUCACUGGGGUCUCAGGGCAAUGACCUCUCUACAGAUGGAACCAGCUUGAGCUUCCCUGGGAUGGACACUCCUUCCAUGCUGGUGAAGAUGCAGCUGUACACACACAGUGUGAAGGGGCUGGUCUUGUCCCUGCUGGCUGAAGAGCCGCUACUCAAGGAUGGGGCGGUCAUCGAGGAUGUGGAAUGCCUCCACAGCAGUAUAUGCCUGUUGCAACCCUGUCCAAGAAACCUAUUUCCAGCAGAUGGCCUCCCCUGCUCGGAGCUCUGGUUUCCCCAGCCCCCAGGACGGCAUCUUCACCCUCCCGGGCAAGGCCAAGCAGAAGCUGCUGAAACAUGGGGUGAACUUACUUUGAGCAGGAUGGACGUGAGGCCUGCCAGGGCCAGAGGCCAAACUCCAAACGUGGCGGUUCUGCCCUGCCCUGUCCUUAGGAAAUAUGUGUUUUUAGGGUUCUGGGGAGAUGCAAGGGGUGGGCCUUUGUUUUGCUGAGCAUAUUUUUCAGGGGGUUGGGGUGGUGGUGGGAGGGUUCCCUUCGAGACCAGCAGCUUCCCUGUUAUCUGUCAGGAUGGAGUCAGUCCUACCAAAGAGUUACAGGAGGAGCUGCAGCCCAUCCUGCCAGGCCCGGAAGGUGCCAUUUGCUGCUGCUGCUCCCUGUCUGGUUUAAAUGAUUCUGUUGCAGGGGUAGGUUGGCCUCCUCUUCGUGCCUUGCUAUCAGUCAAAAGCUUCAUCUCGCCUAUUGGGUGUGAUCGUAAAAGCAGGAGACAGUUGGGCCAAUAUGUACACCUCAAGAUUGGGUUAUCCUCUUCAAAGUUGUCCCCUUAUGAGACUGCACACUUGUUCCAGGGAAGUUGCCGUUGCUUAGGAUAUUUUGGGGACUUCUCUACGGAAUAGCUUUCAGAGCCUGCAGCACAUUCUUUUGAGGCUCCUCAGUAGGGGCAAAUUCUUGUAUCAUGAGAACACAGACUUGAUUUUUGGAAACAACCAUAAGCCAUAUGGAGCCGCCGCUGAAGAGUAAGGUAGGUGAUCAAGCUGGGUAGUGCUUCUUCUGGCAGAAAAUGGCCCUGACCCAGGACCAUGAAGUCAGUAAUGUUGUUGGCUUUCUCAGGUGUCUACAUCACAAACAGGAUCUGAAAGCCCCCCUACUCUGUCCCAUUCCCCCAAGUCCCCAGACGUUUGGCACAAGGGAGUAUUGUUAAGUAUGCAGCCAGGAUCCAUCCAGAUGCUCUGAUGGGGGCAUCCUCCCAAAGGAUCAGUCCCAGGCCUUUCCAGCGUCAGGAACAAAACGGUGACCAGAGUCACAGUGCAAUCUCGUCCAGCAGCACUCACAAUCCCUCUUUGUUAAUUGAGGUGUAAAAGAUUGUGAGGCAGCAAACUAAUGUAUUAACUUGGAGGAUAUGAUGCUCUUAUUUAUAACCAGAUUUCUAUACCUGUUCUCAGUAGGUAGGCAGUUUAAAAUGUUACUAUAUCCCUAACCCUAAACAGUAACACUCUAAUUAACAAAGUGUAUGAAUCGACUUGUGUCAGUAAAUGUGUUUUGUGGACACUUUUUCUUC